UAGGCACUGAAGAGAUAGUAAUCCACAUGGAAAGGCUUUGACUCAGUGGAAAAAACACAAAUUACCAAGACACAUUUGUAUCCAUGAAAAUGGGGUAGCUGAAUAAAGUCCAUUUGCCAAACCUCAAAUGGUUCAUUGGACAAUUAAAAAUAUCUGUGGACAGUUUUCCCUGGAUUGUAUUUUGGGUAUGUGAGGCAAGGAAAGUAGGUGCUUUUUGUGGCCUUAUUAAUAUUUUCCCACCAGUACUGGUUUAUAAAGUUUAUCAUUUUAUCAGUAGACCCACGAUUCAGUGCAAGUACAAUAGUCAGUACUGGGAAUUUUAGAAUUUCUGGUAGGAAUGGGUCAUUAUUUGGCCCAAGCCAGAGUUCUGUUUUCAUCAAACCAACAGUUAUUAGAUUUCCAAUAUCAUUUUUCCUCUUCUGGGGCCAAUUUUUAGUUAUCUCUAAUCAAUUUCUCUAAAUUAGCAUUUGGGGGAACAUUCCUUUGGACCAUGACAGAGGUUUGGCUGUUGAUUCCUUUAAGAGACAGCAGUGUUCUUGGUGGAAAUAUAUCAGUGAGGUGGUUUCCUUUAGCCUCCAGGGAGUCAAGUUUGGAAUGCCCAAGUAUCUUAAUAGCCAAGGCACCCGGUAGGAAUAUGGCAUCUAAUAGAUUUUGGACAUAAGAACCAUUUUUAAUUGUUUCCCCAUUUAAGGUUAAGGAAACCUCGCUAUUUCCAUUGCAAUCCAAAGUCAUGAACUAUGUCAAAGGCAUAGAGACUAUUGGUAUAAAUGUUUGCGGUUUUGCCUUGGCUAGAGCACAGGCCAGAGUAACUGUACAAUUCAGUCUAUUGGGCAGAGGUGGCCAGAGGCAAAGGUGCCGCCUUGAUGACUUCGAAAAGAGUUACAAUGGCAUACCUAGCCCAGUAUUUACUAUUUUCAUCCUUUAAAUAAGAACUUUAAGUAGACUGUCAAAAAUCUACAUUGGUUAGAGAAACUUCCUAUAAGUUAUCAAGUGGAGUCAAAAGGUGAUUUGUCAGUGUCAAGACGUUGUGAGAGAUUUUGUCAGCGAAGGGAUGAUAGCCAGGUCAAGAUUAAUACAGCGAGUUAUACGAGGAGCGGUCAGCAACUGAUGAUGAUGAGAAUGAUGAGAAUUCAGGAGGGCGUCUACUGCUUGGGUACAAGAUGAUUAGUGGGGAAUCCCAUGACUAUUCGGUAGCCUUAAAAAGACAGUGGCAGAAAUGGCUCUGAAACAAGGGGGAGGGGCAUCCGAGUGCCAUAGGGUCUAGCUGCUGGCUGUAGUACCUUUUGGGGCGAUGGCGAUCUCAAUGUGUUUGGAUGAGCGCCAGGUAGGGUCCCUGGGCCUCUGCAGAGCGGAACGCGAAGGGACAGGCCCGUCGGCCCCUGCCCCUUCCGGCGUUGCCACAGCCUCCACCCCGCCACUUCCGGCGUCGCGCUGGACGGUGUGAGGGUCGCUGCGCGUCCCGCGGCUAUGGAGCAGGAUGACCCAGCCGAGGCGCUGACAGAGCUGCGCAAGCGGCAGAUGGGCGCACUAGAGCUGCUGCAGGUGGCCGCAGGGUCCGGCCUCGCCGCCUACGCCGUGUGGGCGCUGCUACUGCAGCCUGGCUUCCGCCGAGUGCCGCUGCGGCUGCAGGUACCCUAUGUUGGGGCGAGUGUGCGGCAGGUGGAGCACGUGUUGUCGCUGCUUCGGGGUCGUUCUGGAAAACUGGUGGACCUGGGCUCUGGUGAUGGCAGGAUUGUGCUGGCUGCCCAUAGGUGUGGUCUCCGCCCAGCUGUGGGCUACGAGCUGAACCCGUGGCUGGUCGGACUGGCACGGCUGUAUGCCUGGAGGGCAGGCUGUGCCGGCAGUGUCUGCUACCACCGUGAGGACCUCUGGAAGGUGAGCCUGAGAGACUGCUACAAUGUAUCUGUGUUCCUGGCCCCCAGUGUGCUCCCACUGCUGGAGGAGAAGUUGCAGGCGGAGUUGCCCGAAGGGGCCCGUGUGGUGUCGGGGCGCUUCCCUCUCCCAACCUGGCAGCCUGUGGCUGUGGUGGGUGAGGGCCUGGACCGUGUUUGGGCCUAUGACAUCCACAGUGGUGGGCUAGCUAUGCAGGCUGCCCCAGCACCCAGUUCUGUCUUGGUCCCUAGGGCCCCUGAGCCUCAGGCUGGCUGACAACGUGGACACAAUAAAGACUCAGUGGGCUCCA